AUGAAGCGUUUUUUCCACCGCCACCAGGCGUCCCAGAGCCCGCCCAUGCCUCUGUGCGACUCCCACAGGUUUGACAGCCACGACCAGUCGGCGUGGAUCUCGCUGGGCAACGGCGAGAACCCCGACCCGGUCCCUCAGCUGCCCGAGGUGCCCGAGCUAGCGCCCAUCCGCUUCUCCAGAAUGAACUUCGAGGUGUACUCGGGAUGGAAGCCCGACAAACAGGUGAUUGACGAGCGGGCCGACCCGCACGAGACCGACUCACACGAGACCGACUACACCGCUGACCGAGACCACCAUAGACACAAGUCGCUGCGAUCGCUACAGUCCCUGGACAGCCUGGGGUCGUCAAGCGAUUCGCUGUCGCUGCCGUCGUUGCCAUCAUUCGCCUCCACCAUCUCCGACUCGUCGUUACUGGGCAUCUGUGAUCUCGACUCUCACAGUCUCGACAGUCCCCAGAGCCACCAAACCCAUGUUUCGAAUGAUACCCUGGUCCAAACCCCCAGCAACAGUCACAACUACACAAACCACUCCACCAGCAGCUUGAGCCAUCUCGGAGACUCGCAAAAGAGCCCCGCCGCUCUUCCAAGCGCCCACUCCCUGCGGAAAACCAAAUCAACGUCGUUCGACCACUCCUCCCUCCAGCCCUGGGAACUGUCGGAGGAUGAGUACAACGCCUACAAAAUGAACGCGCUGAAGCAGAUCAAAAACCGCCGGCGUCAGGAGGGCAAGCUGCCAACCACCAAAAAACACAAACAUAGACCGCCCCGAAUCCUUGUUCCCCAGUCACCCCCCAAGCUGCAGCUCAUUUCGCCCCUGACCCCGACUUUGGCCUCAGCUCCUCCAUCCCAGCCCCCGCCCAAGCUCCCUCUGCCCUCUCUUGCAGCUUACACCCGCAUGCAAAGCAGCCAGACGGGGGGAUGUGCAGUACGAGUAGAUGCACCAAACACCACCCAUCGCAACGCUUCCUCUUGCACAGACCUUACUGAUCAGGCUGACAACACCUUCGACACCUCUGUCGACUUUCAGGACACAAGCACGUUCUUCACAACCUCGUCUUCACCCGCCUCCGCAUCUCCUCCCACAUCACCUCUCUCCGCAUCCACAGCGUCCAUGAGGGGUCUACAAAAGACGACCACGGGCGAAAAGGCGUCGUCGGAGGACAAAAAAGACCGGCGAUUAAUCAGCAGACCCAUGAAGGCGUUCCGCGCCGCCUGGGACGGAAAACCCGAUACGGAGGUGGGUUCUACGGAUUCGGCAGGUCCAGACAACAACCCUCGGCUAAAAGAGGUGGAUUCGCCUAUUAUGCCGCGCAGGGAAGCUGACCCUAGCCCUGAUAAAACCCCACCACCAGACCCUAGCCCUGUUGCCCCUGGCAACCCCGACAUGGCGGCUACCAACUGUGACAUUUUCGACACCUCCCCUAACCCACCCCCUAGCCAAACCCUAUUACCCCAAACCGCAGUAGCUUCAGAACAGCCUCGUGUAGGUGGUAAUAAUAGGAGUGAAGCCGAGCUCGACGCGACCCCGACUUCUGACGCUCACCACUCGACUUGUGACGACCCUAUUUCCAACGAACCGUUCCGCGAUAUCCUAGAGGACACGCAUUCCUCCGAUUUCUCCGACGACAACGACUGUGACAACAGCAGCGACAUCCAAGACACUGACGCAACCGGUCAAGACAUGAACGGGCAUCCUCGACGCGUGUCUUCUCUCUCUAGCACGACUUCGAUGAGGUCUCUGGACAAGUCGCGUGACAAGCCGACCAAAGAUUCGCGCGAGUUGCACCAGUUGUCUUCUAUUACCAAGGGACUAGUCAAGAAUUCGCCCUUUUUCGAUCUAGAUGAGAACCGAGCGAAAAGCGGUCCUCGUGCUAGCGUGCCAACCAAGGGGCUCAAGGCAAAAGUUGGCGACCAACAUAGCGGCAGCAACAGAAAUAGCAGAGGUGACGGCGACACCGAUUCCAACAGCACCACCAGUGAUACGACCAACGUGGAACGCGACAUUAGCAGCGCCGGCACAAACAAGGACACAAACAACACCGGCAAGUCUGGUAACUCAACCAACGACACAAACAACAAGAUUGACCCCACCAACUCCUCCUCCACCUCCACUUCCACUUCCACAAUCAAGCUCGUCCAACCCAUGCACGACCCCUCGCUGCAACAACGAGGCAGCAGUUUGAGAGCCGGUGCCGGGAGGUCGCAUCCGGACUCGUCGACGGACUCGGUGGACUCGUUCAAGAGUACUAAGGAGAUUCCACGCGAGUUUGCGCCCGACAGCCCGCCGUCCACGUCGCAGAUUUCGACGCCCAAAAAGGAGUCGACCAACCAUCUCAGCAGCAGCGUCUUUGGCAGCGCAACGAGAGAGCCGAAGGACGACCCGGAUCAGGAGGACUUUUCGUUUGUCGACCACAGCGACUCGGUAAAGCGGUCGGGACACAAGCCGUGGGACAAGGACGACCCGCGGGUGCGACGGAGUAUUCUCGCCGAGUUUGAAAGCGAUCUCAAUGACCUGUUGUUGUUGAGCAAAAAAUCUCCUGACGGCGAAGACAUGCACGAUUUGGAGUUCGAUCCAGAGGCAGAACCGGAUGCGAAUGCAGAGGCAGCUGAGGACAGAGACACUCACACCGCAACACGCGACACACCCUCCCAUGACACAAUCAUUCCCGUGGCGCCUCCUGGUACUGCCUCUUCUGCAUCUACGUCGACCACUACUGCCUCAACUUCGACUUCACCUACACCCAUCACAAUUCCCACCACUGCUGAUGUCUCAGAACACGCCUUGGGAUCCGUAACCACGGGUAUCCACCCCACAUCGGUCUCACCUAAUACAGCAACUACGUCGCCAACGUCACCAACGUACAUGGAUGCUCCUCCUCCCCCACCGGCAGAUCCCAUGCCCACCACCCCUGGAGAGGCUCUUGACGCGGAGACAUUGUCACGUGGUAAGAAGGCGCCCUCCAUCGCGUCAACCAGCACGACAAACACAAGCGCAAGCACGCCACUCUCGCUCAACGCCAACAAGCGGGGUCUGCGAUCGGUAUCAUCGUCAGCGUCUCUCAAGCUGCGGACGUCUAUCUUCCCGUUCAAAGGCCCUGCCUCUGCAGGUGUAGCCACGACGCCCGAAACGGCCUCCAUGACCGGCAGCAUGUACUCUUCCAACACCAGUAUGUACUCGUCGGGCAGCACUCUUGUGCGCGACAGUCCGGCGGUGAUCAUGGCCAAGACCCGCAUGCGAACGUCUCUCAAGUCGUUCCCCAUCUUGUACUACGCCGUGACGCUCUCUGGACCCGUCAACGUCAAAUACAACAUUGAGGGCGCCACUCCCUCGGGCCAGUAUGGCAUCUUGUCGCUCCCCACAGCCCCCCAUCCAUGGGAAAAGCCACCGGAGGACCUGGCUCUCCGAGGAGUGUGGUUCCUGCGUCUUGUGGUGGACUCAGGCACCAACACAGCCGGUGGCUUUCUCACCGACAAACUGUUUGUGCCACGGGACGUGUGGUCGCUGUCGACGUCAAUGUCCGCCAAGGUCCUCGACAAGCGACUCUACAUCACCGACGAGUACUGCCGGGCCAUUUGCGAGUUCAUGGCGUUUGCCGACUCAUCUAGAACGGGCGUCAAGGGCCAGAGUUCGUCGGCGCAGUCGAUCGACGAUGCCCUGGAGCGACUGGAUGCUCGAAUUGACAACCUCUCGCGACACCAAUAUGUGCUGAAGGCCGACGGUGAUCUAAUUAUUGAUUUGGGGGCCAACUCGCCUGAUUCCGACGACACUCUAACCCCUCUAGCGUCGUCAGUUCCUUCUGAGUCGGCCCUGCACCCCGUAAUGUCGCAUCCCACCCCAUCCACGACCCCAAUGACGUCUAACAACCGUCGGUCGUCGGAUAUCGGGCUGCUUGCCAACCACAUUUUUUCCAAGAAGGAGGAGAAGCCCAAGGAGGACAAGGACAACUCGUCGUCCAAGCUGUUCAAGCGGUUCCAGCGCAAGAUCAGCCUGGCCAAUAACCACAGCAACGAGAACCUGUCGAUUUCGACGGAUAAAAGCUCCAACGGAAGAGCCGAGGCCCCUCCGCGCACUCCUAUCGAUCCUCAUCAUGAUUAUGGUGCUCGGUACUUCAACGCCAUUUCGGCCUUGUAUUCGGAUAUGGAGGCGUUGGCUCACUAUCGAUUUUUGCUGCAGAAUGAAGCUCGAGACUCGCAGGCUGCCAAGGGAUACUCUCAGGCUGUUAUUGUUGAGGCCAUUGACUCGUGUUUUGCUUUUUCGAACACCAUCUGUCGCAUUAUUCUGCAGGACGUUUUGGCCAUGUUGGAGGUGUAUUUGGAAGGGGGCAAGGCGGUCUUGUCUGAUUAG